GUUACUGUGUACCCAACCAGUGAGAGAGAGAGAAAAAGAGAGAGAGAGAGGAGAGAAAAACCCUUCUUCUUCUUCUUCUUCUUCUUCUUCUUCUUUGGUGCUCCCAUACACGCCCCAAGAAUGGCGGCGGAGGCCGCGUCUCGAUCCACUCCGCGCCCUCCUCCUGAUCCCUCUCCGCCACGGCCGAAGCAGGAAGAGAGCUCGAUCCCAUGGCGCGCCCGUUCCGGGGAGGUCUCCCUCGGAUCCGCUCGAUCUCCGCAGGAGAGCGCGCCGUGGCCCCUCCUGAAGCUCCAGAAUUUGAUUCCAACUGUGAAGUCUCAGUACAAAGUUUAUGAGGAUGCAUUUGUCGAGAAAGUGAAAGAGGGGAUAUUGCUUGCUCGUGAACACCCAGUUGAGGUAUGUGGAGUUGCUGUUGCUGCAGGAUUCAUUCUUCUGCCAGGUCCUAGGCGUUUCUUGCUUCGUCAGACCAUAGGGCGCUUUAAAACAGAGAAGCAACUGCUUACUGAAGCUGAAUUAAGGUUGAAAGAGUUCAGUGAAUCUGUAGAGGAACUGAAAAAGGACAGUACGAACAUUCUUAAGAGAACAGGAUUUGGUGAAGAACACCUGCAACGUGGAAGCACUAAUUUGAGAUCUACUGGACGCCAAAUCCAGAGGCUUGUUAAUUCCACUUACAAGGUAGGAGCAACCGCCGAAGAUCUGAUGCACCGGUUACGAACAAUUCCCGGCAGAGACUCACUGGAGCUUCGCGCAGAGCAGGUGGCUUCCAUGGCAUCUGAUUUGAAGAAUCAGAGACGUGAGCUCCAACAGAAGAUUGUCAAAAUUUCGGAACUUGGCAUUCGUGUUUAAUAGAGAGGAUCCUCGGUUUCUCGAGAUUUGCCCGUUUGAGAUACCUUCAUCAACGCAAUAAAAUGGACCUUUUGAUUGUUAAAAUUACUUACGACUAUUGUUAGUAGUGCAUGAAGAGGUGAUUUCACAUGAUGAGGUUACUGAGUUUUCUUUUCUCUUCUUUUUUUUCUUCCUGAUUUUGAGUGAAGAGGAAAAGAUAACAAACAAGAGCAAAAGAAUGGAUAUGGUAUUGAGUGUUAGCAAUGAUGAAUUUUCAACGGUGAAGCUGCUUAUAUUUACUAA